AAUGUUUUUUGCGCGUUUUUCAUAAUUUCCUGAACCUCUCCAGCUUUCGUUUCAACGGAAUAUCUGCACAAAAUCAUGACCAAAUUCAGUCUUUGCUCUGUACAAAUUCCCUUCUCUUAUUAUUGCAUCCUGUAAAUAUAUAUGGUAGUAGGUCAGUACUAGCUUGUAGGCUUGUACUUUCGGUUCGAUCAAGCUUUACUCUUUGUUUGGUGAAUGAUCGAGCUUUUCUCAAAUAUUUGGAACAAUUCAGAUUAGAAUCAGAGUCAUGGAAAAUUAUGUAGACAGUAGUACGGAUCUCGAUACUACGAAUAAUAUCACUGAAGUUCAUGAGUGCAGAAUUAAUGUUGAAGCAUUGAAAAACUCCAUGACAGCAAAGCUUCGUAGUGACUCACCCUUGCCUGCUAACUGCUCCAUCUUCAGAGUUCCACAAGUGCUCCGGCGACACAAGUCAGAGGCAUAUGGACCUGAUGUUGUCUCAAUCGGACCCUUUCACCGAGGUGGUAAACAAUUUCAAACAAUGGAAAAUGUCAAACAAUGGUACUUACAUAACCUUCUCUCUCGCUUGAAUAUAAGCUUGAGAACUCUGAUCCGAAGCGUUUGCAAUGUUUUCGAGUUUGAGAAACGUGCACGUGCAUUUUAUGCAGAACCACUUGAUCAUCUUAGCCCAAAUGAUUUUAUAGAAAUGAUGAUACUUGAUGGUUGCUUUCUACUGGAACUAUUUAAGAAGUUCUUCUGUGAGGGAUAUAAGCGUUGCCGUAAGGAAAAUUUUGUUCCAGCUGAAGUACUACAUAUUGAGAAUGAUCCUAUAUUCAACAUGGAUUGCAUGCUUCAAUACCUCUGCCAUGACCUUAUGCUGCUAGAAAAUCAGCUGCCUUGGUUUGUUCUUGAGAUUUUAUAUCGUCUGACUGUCGAAGAACACAUCUACUAUCCAUCACUUAGCACAAUGGUGCUCCUCACCUUUAGCUCACAAGGAUCACUACUGCACAAUGUCGAGUCCUAUCUUAGUCACAAUUGUCAUGAUGAUGGUGAUGAUGAGGAUGAGGAUGAUGCUAUCUUGCACAUACUUGAUCUGAUAAGAAGUACAGUAGUUUUUCGAUUUAGAAAGGUGAAGUCUUUGCCCUGCUUAUUAUCACAAGUAAAGUUGCCUCCAGCCACUACUCUCUCGGAGGCAGGUGUUGAAUUCAGAAGGGAUUGUAUGGAAGGCAUGAUGAACAUAGAUUUCAAAGACGGCGUGUUUACAAUUCCACAACUGCCAAUUGCAGAGAUGACAGAGCCACUGUUGAGGAACAUAAUUGCCCUUGAGCAAUGUUGUCAUGGCCGAUCACAUAAAAUAACUUCCUAUGUUAUUUUGAUGCAUAGCCUCAUUGCUUCCAGCAAGGAUAUAGAUUUUCUUUGUGAGAAAGAAAUAUUCCUCAACUGGUUCAGCUCUGAAAAUGCUUACAAGAUCUUCAACAAGCUUUACGAUGAUACGUUCCUCAAGCACUUCUACUAUGGGGAACUAUGUGCUGAAGUGAACAAGUAUUACAACGUUUCGUGGAACAGGUGGCUAGAAAAAUUGAAACGUGAUCACUUAUCUAACCCAUGGAAGAUUACUUCUUUGGUUGCAGCCUUUAUUCUUCUGGCUCUCACCUUAUUGCAGACCACAUAUACCAUUCAGCAAUACUAUUCUCCUCGUCAGUAAUUAAUGUUUAUUAACUAGUUUACUUUGUGGUAUUCAUUUCCCUAUUUGGCAAUGUAUCUUGAUGUAGGGGAUAUGAUUUCAAAUAAAAGUUGGAUUUGCAUA